GUCGCGUAGCGGGGCUAUCACCCUCCACAAUCUGUCAUCUCUUCUGAGCUGCACACAAAUAAUAUCUGUCUGCCUCCAUAGUCCAUAUAUUUCAAUCUCUGAAUUAGAGAGAGCACACUCGCGACGAUUGCUGUGCAGAUGGUGGAGGGUUCGUUGAUGGCGCACUGUUGAUCGAGUUCUUUUUGAACGGCAACCACCGGACCGCUCUUCCGCCGCCGCCGCUGCAGCAGCCGGAGGAGGAGCAGAAUCUAAAGGACUGACAUGGAGGACAACGUUUCCACCGUCAACAACCGUUCCCCGCGUCAGGCCUUGACCACAACUGACUCCGUUACCACUACAAACACCGCCAACAAGCGCCGCCACCGCGGAGCAUUCUCGGUUGCGGCGAGGGAGGAGGCGUUCGCUGGAGGAGAAACAAACGGCGGCGGAGAGGAUCAGAGCGAAGAUUGCUUCGAAGGAGGCGACUCGGAAGUCUGGAACGCGUUCACGAGCAACUUCCAGUCGGUGCAGUCGGUGCUGGAUCGGAACAGAGUGCUGAUUCGGCAGGUUAACUCCAACCAUCAAUCUAGAGUCCACGAGAAUCUGGUCGAAAACGUGAACCUAAUUCAGGAGAUCAACGGCAACAUCUCCAAAGUCGUUGCACUCUACUCUGAUCUCUCCACCAAUUUUUCCAGCGCGUUUAAUCAGCGCAAAGCCACCACUCAAGACCAGAGCAACGCCGAGAAAGCCGACAGCUAAAUCAUAGUAAAUCUUUCUCGGCCCCCUUCUUCUUCCUUUAUCAGUAUUCAGUAAUGUUUCUUUCAUUAGUGUGUGGCUUAGAGGUAUUGAAAUCAGGAUCUUUGGCCAACCUUUCUACUUACUGUUAUAGUGUUAUGGAUCUUUUUCCUUUAGUAGCUAAAAGUAAAACUAUGUCAUGCGUUCAGUAAAAGUUUCUUUCUAAUGUAUUACUAAAAA